AUGGUAAUGCAGUUUAAUAUAUUUUUGUAUCAAUACUUUCAUGAAAAACCUUAUAGUUUUUUGUAUGAAUUGCUAUUCUACUAUGUUUAUUCUACAUAUAAAAGAUGUAUAUUUGUGUGUAGCAUAAGGUUUUUAUAUAAUGAUAUCAUAAUGUUAAUGCUCUACAAUACAAUAUACUAUUUGUUGAACAUUAAAAAUAUUUUAUAA